UAUAGAGAUUAUUUUUCAGAAAACCCAGUAUAUUCUUCUGAUAUUUUUCGAAGGCGUUUUCGCAUGAAUCGGUCUCUAUUUCUUCACAUAUUGAAUGCAAUUCAACAAUAUGAUGAUUACUUUGUACAAAAAAAUGAUGGGUUAGGCAGGGCAGGGUUAUCUGGUCUUCAAAAAAUGACAGCAGCCAUUAGGAUGUUAGCGUAUGGUGUGUCCGCUGAUUGUGUUGACGAGUAUGUACGAAUAGGAGAAAGCACAACAAUUGAAUCUCUGAAAAAAUUUUGUCAAGCAAUUAUCAAUGUUUUUGAAAAAGAAUAUUUACGAUCGCCUACAAAUGAAGAUAUUUCAAGAUUACUAAAAGAGGGCGAGAAACGUGGAUUUCCUGGUAUGUUGGGCAGUUUAGACUGCAUGCAUUGGCAAUGGAAGAAUUGUCCUAGUGCGUGGCAUGGGCAAUUUACUGGACAUGUCCAAAAUCCGACAAUUAUACUUGAGGCAGUGGCUUCGUAUGAUCUGUGGAUAUGGCAUGCCUUUUUUGGAAUGCCUGGGUCUCAUAAUGAUAUUAAUGUUCUUGAUCGAUCUCCUUUAUUUUCAGAACUAGCUGAAGGACGUGCUCCGGCUGCUAACUACAACUUGAAUGGCCACAACUACACUAUGGGAUAUUAUCUUGCCGAUGGAAUUUAUCCUAAAUGGGCAACAAUAGUUCAGUCAAUUUCACAACCUCAAGGUUUAAAAAAUAAAUUAUUUUAAACCAAGCAAGAAGCAUGUAGAAAAGAUGUUGAAAGAGCAUUCGGAGUACUUCAAACAAGGUUUGCGAUUGUCAAAGGACCUGCACGAUUUUGGAACCGUAAGGAUUUGGGAUUCAUUAUGAAAGCUUGCAUCAUUUUACACAACAUGAUUAUUGAAGAUGAAUAUGAUCAACCUAUGAAUUUUGAAUAUGAUGCGUCAGAAUUAUCACCUUCAAUUCAAGUGUCACAUGAGCCUACACUUCGUUUUCAUGAGUUUAUUGCCCGUCAUCUUAAGAUUCGAUCUUCUGAGCUGCAUUUUAAUCUACGAAAUGAUCUUAUUGAACACUUGUGGGAACAAUAUGGACAUGAAGAUUCUUAAAAUUUAGUUGAGUUUAAAUAAGUAUGACUCAGAAUUUUAAUUUUUAAUGUAGUUUUCAAUUUUUUUGGUAUUGUCUUUUUCAU